UUACAGAUCAAACUCUUACUAUAUUUGUUAUGUUUCCUGGUCAGUACGCAUGAAGAAGAAGAAGAAGAAGAAGGAGAUUCAAUUAGACACAGAGUAUAUAUAGCCUACAGGGUGGUACAACUAAACAGGUGAACCAUUUAAUGUAUUGUCACUAGUGGCCUCAGACUUUUGGUCCACCAGCAGGCGUCGCUCUAUCAUAUGAAUAGCGUUCUUAGGAUCAGACCAAGGAUCAGACAGUCCUUUCCUGCUCUGAGUCCGUUUGCCCCCUUAUUAUCCCUCCUUGUGAAUGUACGAAUUCUACUAUAGCUUGGGCUUAGGUCAUGAAAUAUUAAUCACGCAACGUGACGCAGGCCUCGCUGAUUUGUUGACAGACUGGCGUAGAACGCUAGUAAGUCUGCGAACCCACCAAUCCUACCCCACCGAAAGGCGUAGCUCAUGAAUAUAAAAUUACUACGUGACUGGACGUUCCAGGAAGGUUGCCAAGCUACGUCGUCAUGACCUUAUAAAUAUUCACGAGUAAAGCCUGCGCCAUAGUACGGUUCGUAAUUACGCGACCCUCCCACACUCUCAUUCUCCGUUCAUCGGCUGUCCUCAGCAUCCCCUCUGUGAUGAUGGCGUGUGUGGAUGCUGCUGAUGCGGCGGUGCCUGGGGCCUAACCCACCGGUUACCGGGAAACCCGAGAGACGAAGACGUGAGGGGCUGGGCAGUAUGAGCCUUUCCUUUAACGACCGGUUACCGGAUCACUACUGUAUCUCAUGUCAGUUUGUUUGCGCGCGUGAAACCGAGGAAUGAAGUACUGCAACCAUGAUGCAAGGACUGAAAAAGCGUACCCGAAAGGCCUUCGGGAUACGGAAGAAAGAAAAGGACAGUGACUCCACUGGAUCACCAGACAAAGAAAAAUCUAAAAAAGCCAAUGGUGCACCUAAUGGUUUUUACGGUGAGAUCGACUGGGAUCGAUAUAACUCUCCUGAUGUGGAUGAUGAAGGGUACAGCGUUAAACCUGGAGAACAAGGGGGAACAGCUCCAAAAGUCAAGACAUACUUCUCCUCCAGUGAGUCAGAGGGAGAGGGAGAGGAGGAGCAUGGGAAGAAAUUUAAGAUCAAGAUCAAGCCAUUGACGGCAAACAGUGGAAACUGCACAGUAUCUACUAUGGAUGAGCUGAAGGCCUCAGUGGGGACGCUGGCCAUCUCUCCUUCCCCUCUGAGAAAGAGUCCGAGACGAAGUCCAUGCCCGAUGAAACGAAACCUGUCAAGUGAGGAGAUUGCCAGACCAAGACGGUCUACUCCAACACCCACGACAACCCCAGGGCCUGGUUCAGACCCGCCUAGAGAAAACACAACAGCGUUCUUCGGCCCACCGUUUGAGACCAAUUUUGAAGCACACAACUCAGAAGUGUUCCUGGUUGAGCCGGAGCUCUGGUGUCAGGCCGCUUCUCUCUCCACCCGUGUUCUGAGCAGAUCUCUGCCCACUGCAGUUCCACCUCCACUUCCUCCAAAGAACAUUCCUGUCACCCCACCUGGACGCAGCUCUAGCUCUGUAGAUUCUUCCGGCAACAUCACGAAAGUGUGUUUCACAUCAAUGAAAGUGUGCACUCUGAAGGCGUGUUUUUGCAGUUAUUAUAGUGUGGUUCCUAGUGUCAGAGGAGAUGGAUCAUCUUCGGCCUAUCAGGAUGCCCCAUUAUCUGCCCCGGCUGCAGGGGCGUCUAUGCCUGACUUGGAUAGUGUUUUUGGGCCUGUAGAGACGCCCAGGUCUGGAUCAGAUGUGGUGCAGUGCAGUUGGGUGAGCUUCAGUGAGGGCUCUCCCGCCAGACCUCCUCCACCAGACGAACCCGCCCCGUCCCCACCUCUGUCCUCUUCCCCUGCGGACUCGCCCCCGACCUCGCCUCUCAACCUGCCACCUCCCGCCUCACCCCCUCCGCCCCUCCACUCCAUUCCGCCUCCAGAUUCACCUCCGCCACCACCGCCCUCAGACUCUCCUCUGAGUCCCCUGGACCUUCCCUGCUGCUUUCAGCUCCCAGAGUCUGAGCCCGCCCAAGAGUCCCCCGUCACCCCUGCCAGCCCGGGACUGCCCUUCCUGCCAGCGGACCACCCUCCACAUGGAGCCAUACCUUCCCCUCUCACCUUGAGAGACGACAGCAGAAGAACCCCUGACCUGGCGAGCAUGAGGGACGAGUUUACUGUGUUUGGCACAUCACCCAAAGACAUUGCAACAGGAAGCUUCAGAGGAACCCCACCUCCACUGCCCCCUCCUACUUACAGGAGUGUGGUGGGCUCCCCGGGGCCCGGCAGUGGGCCGUCCUCUCCCGCACGUGCUGGCACUCCACUGUCUGCUGGCAGCCCCAUCCCGCCUCUACCACCAAGACCAUCUUCACGACCGAAACUACCACCUGGAAAACCAAACUUAGCAGAUCUGGCCCGUCCCUUCAGCCCCCCAAUCCACUCCUGGAGUCCUCCACCCUUUGCUCCUCUAGCCAGAGCUGAGAGCACCUCCUCCAUCUCCUCCGUUACGUCUUUGAGUGCAGCCUCCACACCUACACUGGGCCGAGAACUGAACCUCUCUGUGUCAGCAUGUUCCAGAGGUCCGAGUCCUCUCACAAUGGGACCCCAAGACACUCUACCAGUGGCAGCCGCCUUCACAGAGACCAUCAGCGCCUACUUUAAAGGAGCAGAUCCCACCAAGUGUUUGGUGAAGAUCACCGGUGAGAUGGUGCUGUCUUUCCCAGCAGGGAUCACCAGACACUUCUCCACUCAGCCUAGUCCACCAGUGCUGACCUUCACCAUCAGCCAGUACAGUCAGCUGGAGCAGGUCCUUCCCAACCCACAGCUUCUGUGCUGUGACACCACACCACCUACAGGUGAAUUGAAGGAGUUCUGGGUAAAUAUGCCAAACUUGUUGAGUCACCUGAAGAAAGUGGCUGAGCAGAGGCCACAGGCCACAUAUUACAACGUGGACAUGCUGAAGUACCAGGUGUCCACUCAAGGGAUCCAGUCCACGCCGCUGAACCUUGCGGUGAGCUGGCGUGGUGAUGCCAGCAGCACAGACCUCAGGAUAGACUAUAAAUACAACACAGAGGCCAUGCCCACACCCACACCACUCACCAACAUCCACUUCAUGGCAGCUGUGGAUGGCGGCGUGACUAAACUGCAGGCCAUGCUCCCACCUGCCACCUGGAACCCAGAGACGCAGAAAAUUGCGUGGAAGAUCCCAGAGCUCUCACAGAAGUCUGAAAAUGGAGGGGUUGGCGCUCUCCUGGCUCGCUUCCAGUUAGCCGAGGGUCCCAGUAGACCAUCGCAGCUGGCAGUGCAGUUCACCAGUGAGGGCAGCACUCUGUCUGGCUGUGAUUUUCAACUUGUAGGUUCAGGCUACAGACUAUCCUUGGUUAAAAAAAGGUUUUCUGCAGGUAAAUAUCUGGCAGACAACUGACCUGGCCGCAGCGACAACCUACUGGAUGGGCUGUGAGUGGGACGUUAGGAUGCUCUUUUGGCACUACAAAGACUUUCAAAAAUGUUUUUAUCAAAAUUCCAGAAGUACAACACUCAAAAUCUCACUUAUAAUGUCUGGUGUAGAAUAUCAUCAGUGCGUUCUGUGGGUGUGUGUAUGUGAAUAUUAGCAAAUAUUUUGUGUGUAUAUGAUAAAACUUCAGGACAAAUGCAAUACGUGGACUUUUUCCGCUGGGUUCUUGCAGAAGGCAGUUUCCUUUUUCACUUAUUGCACAUUCUCUCUUUGACCCAAACCAAACACUCCUAGUGACAUUACAAUGUAAUGAUACCAGGGUUCACAUUUAGGAACACACAUGUCAGCAGUGUUUGGUUUUCUUUUAGUUAUUUUGACAGAUUCUAAACGAUUUGAUUUAACUAACAUGAAGUCUCAAUUCCCAAACAAUGCUACAGAUAACGCUUUACAAUGAGAUUCAGUUUGUUAACAUUAGUUGAUGUAUUAAGCCCGAGACACAACUAGGCGAUAAUCGGCCAUCGAGCAAUGAAGCGAUUCCGCAUGUUGAAGCAGCAUCAGUGCCGUCGAUGUGAGAGAACUCUGAUUGGCUGUUCAGCUUAGUGAACGAGAAUAAAAGCAAAAGUGAUGAACGUGAGCAAAGAAGUUGAGACGGUACAGGCAGAAGGCUGUUAGAUCAUCUUACCCAUGCAUUCCAAUGCGCUAAAAUUUUCAUAAUAACAUGAGCCGACUUGAAUGAAGAAAGGGAUCAGCGUGAUUGAUCUUCAAAAUGGUAAGCAAGCGCUGCUUUGUUUACAAUUUGAACAUUAUAUCUGCAGUCCUGUUUUCGGUUUCCCUUUUUGAAUGAUGAAAAUAGACUAUUGACACCUGCUGAUACAGACAGUUAUUUCCUUACACGCAGGCGCAGAAUGCACGUGCUAGUUAACAGUCGCUAGUAGUCCUUUUGGUGUGUUCAAGUGCAGCUGUUUGUCUGUGAGGCGACAACACAGUCGGCUUUCGUUGCCACUAUUUCUUUGACAUCGGCUUGGUGUGUCCCGGGCUUUAGGUAUAUCAUGAACUAACAACAAUAUUGUUACAGCCUUUUUUAAUCUAGGUUAAUGGUAAUUUCUGUAUAUACGCUACCAUUCAAAAGAAGUAAUAAAUAAGAUUUAUUUUUUUAAAGAAAUUAAUACUUUUAUUCAGCAAGGAUGCAUUAAAUUAUAGAAGAGGAUUAGGGCCAAGCAAUAAUAAAAAAAUAAAACCAUCUCGAGAUUA